UGGUAACGUCACUCCAACCAUCGAAGAAACGCGAGAAGACAUCAUGGCGGGAUUAAUGAAAUCCGAAAGUGGUUUUAGAAUCAAAACAGUCAGAUUGAAAGUUAUCUUGACUACUGUGCUAUUUUUAUUUCAUUUUUGUCAAACCUCAGGUGCCACCCGUCCCAUCAUAGAAAUUAAAGAUGGACAAGAAAUCAAAGCACAAGCUGCACAACAUUUUUGCUACUAUAACUCCAUCAUACCUGGAUGGAGGGAAACAUGGACUAGAAUACAGGUGAGAGUGUGGAGCACUACAAAGCUGAAAGUGACGGUGGUUAAUGAUGAGCAGGAUCUGCAGGAGCUUGAGCAUUUCAGCAUCUGGAAACUUGUGCAGUAUUUUGUUCGCGAACAGACCAAUGAGACCACCGUGAGCAUCAGUCUCUUUAGCAACAAGACCUGUUUCAGAGUGGACCCUUCAGACUCCCGUACAUUCUAUACAGUACAACCUAGCCGACAUUUUGACAUCUACCUGUUUUUGGUUUUUCUGGCUGGAGUGUUGCUGUUCUCUUUUGCAGACAUUCUAAGCAGGAGUCAAGUGUUCUACUACUCUGCUGGCAUGAGCACCGGCAUGAUCGCGUCCCUCAUCAUCUUCAUCUUCAUCAUCAGCCGUUUUUUACCCAAGAAAAGCCCAUUCUAUGUGCUGGUGAUGGGCGGCUGGUCCUUUUCUCUCUACAUCAUCCAGCUGGUGUUUAGGAAUCUCCAAAUAAUUCUUAAAGAUCACUGGCAUCUGGCUAUCGGUUAUGUCAUUGUUGUCGGCUUCAUCAGUUUUGCAGUCUGUUACCGCUAUGGGCCUCUGGUGGAGAAGCGAAGUAUCAACAUCCUGUCCUGGACGCUGCAGAUAUUUGGCCUUCUGCUAGUGUACGCUGGGAUUCAGGUCCAGCAAGUGGCUCUGGCCAUCAUGAUAGCUGCGUUCUGCUCAAAGAACCUGGAGUACCCUUUUACCAAGGCCUUCAUGCUUUAUCAGAAGCUGAAGCCUAAGAAACUCGAGCCACGGCGUCUGCUGACAGAAGAGGAGUAUCAGAGACAGUCGGAGGUGGAGACUCAGAAAGCUCUGGAGGAACUUAGGAAAUACUGCGGCAGUCCUGAUUUCAACACCUGGAAGACGGUCUCUAGGAUCCAGUCUCCUAAGAGGUUUGCAGACUUCAUCGAAGGCUCUCCACAUCUGCUGUCCAAUGAGGUGUCAGUUCACACACAGGAGUACGGGCUGGGCGGAUCCUUCUUCGAAGAUGAGCUGUUCUCCACUGAUGAGGAAGAACAGGAGGAGGAGGAGGGGUGGGAAACAGACGACGGUGUGAAGCCAGAGGCGGUAUCUCCACGACUGAACAACACACGGGUGAAAUGACCGAUGAACAGUGUUGGAGAGUAUUUAAAUGUUUUAAUCUGAUCUGAGAUCUGCUUAAGUGUAGCAUUUACUGUUCUUCUGUAGGUAUCUGCUGGAGGUUUUCACUCGUGACUGCAAACACAUGACUUCAGUCUCUGAUGCAUUCGUAACGGAUGAUUAAUGGCGAAAAUGCCCUGGAUGUUGUUUUCGUGGCUCGUGAAAAAGGCCAACAGUGAUUUUCUUAAAAACGAUGUUUAUUUGUCUUAAUUCUUUUGAGUUUAAUUUCUGCAGAGAUGUCCCGUGCGAGGAGGGAACUGUAAACACUGUGUUGUUACAUGGACUGUAUUUUAUGAUUUGUUUUUGUUUUUAAGUUUAUACUAAGGCCCAGGCACAUGUGUAUAUCAAUAAAAAAGCAAUACUAAAACAGCUGAACAGAAGAGGCACAAAAAUUAUACAGCUUUUUGUGGACAUUGAUUGGAGCUGUAAGUCUGUUCAAGGUCAAAGGAUUAUUUUUUUAUGAAAAAUAAAAA